AUGUCGGAUUCACCAACGUUCCAGGUCACCCAAACGUUCAUCUGGGUCACUUUUCAGCUGGAUUUAUUCUCACGCCUCACCACCGACAAGGCCAUACGAGAUGCUCUCCGCAAAUUGCCUCGUGGACUAAACAAGACAUACAUUCAACUUCUUGAGGAAAUCAGAGAUGAAAAUACGGAGCACGUCGGAGUGAUCACGAAGGCUCUGACGUGGAUUGUGUCUAGCCUGGUACCUCUGACCCUUGUGCAAUUGGCUGAGGCCAUUUCCAUAGACUCAGGAGAUACGCAUCCGGGUAUUGACAAGGUGUUCAACGACGAGAAAGACCUCUUUGAGAUGCUCGGGAGCUUGAUUAUCUUCUAUCCAGCCAAAAAGGACCAGCUGGUCAAUCUUGCACACUUCACCUUGUAUGAGGGUCUUCAAUCCGAUGAACUUCGAACGCACGAGUCGCUACAGUAG